AUGGUGUCUGAAGACGUCAAUGGUUUUCCGCUUACGGGUCCUGGCAACUACUCCUGUGUAAACCAACUGCCAAAUGGCAACUUUACCUUCGCUACUAACUGCACCAACGGAAGAGGUUUAAUCGGAUGCUGUGUUGAUAGGCCCCAUUGUAUUUACAAUACUUCAAAUAUUGACCUUACGAUGUACGCACCACCAGGAUUUAAAGGGUAA